AUGGUUAGGAUUAGAGGCUUAGGUCGUGCCUUAGGUAGGAUUAUUGGCAGAGCUCUGGGGAGAGAGGAUAGUCAUGAUUCUGAUGAUGCUCCCCAGCGGCGAAGGCCUACCGCAUCGGCACGCAGGCAACAGGGAGUUGUCACUGUUGCUGAGGACGAGCCUGUGGUACCUGUGGAUGACCCUGUGGUAGCUGCCGAUAAGCCUAUGGUAGCUGCAAACGUACAUGACACUGGUGCAGAUGAGCCUGAGGGAUUUCCAGGUGGACUGAGUGACCCAUCGGUGCUUACCAAGUAUGUUGAGCAUGUUGCAGCCAGCGUAUGGAGCGAAGAGGAACAACCUGAAUUAAAGUUAUCCUUCCAUGGGAGGAAGGUGCAGAAAUUAGGUAGGCCUGUUCCUGCAAUUGAGGGGGAGACUAGUAGUUUCUAUCUUCCUGUGGGGGAGGUUACCAUCACCCUGGACGACGUGACAUCUCUUCGUCAUCUUCCCAUAGCCGGUGCCUUCCAUACCUUCCAGCCUCUGCACAUCGACGAGGCGGUCUUGAUGUUGGUUGACUUACUACUGGUCUUAGGAGAGGCAGCCAGGGCCAAGACAACACAUUGUCAUGGACCAUACGUACGCCCAUCUUGGCUACGAGAUAUAUAUCAGCGCAAAUGUCAGGCCAGACAUUGGACAGCUGCAGCUCGUGCCUAUCUUCUUCAUCUUCUAGGUUGCAUUCUUUUUGCUAACAAGAGUGCAACCCAUGUUCAUGUUGUCUUCUUAGACGCUCUGCGUGACCUCAGUCAAAUUGGGAUGUUUGCAUUGGGAGCUACUGCCCUAGUGCAUAUGUACGAUCAUUUGAAUGAUGCUUGUAUUAGCACCAACCGACAGCUUACUGGUUACAUCAUCCUCUUACAGUGUUGGAUAUAUGAGCAUUUUUCGUCAGUUGCGGAGUGCAUCGCUGAUCCGAACUACGACGAGGUGUCACCACGUGCAUGCUGGUGGAUUGCGACGAAGGCAAUUGUGAAGACCAAAUCUACAGCGACGUACAGGCAGUGUCUGGAUCAACUCAGGAUUCCUGAUGUCUACUGGAUGCCUUAUGGGAAGCAUCGACCGGAGGCUUGCCAUGCGAUUGUUGAAAGGUUGGAGCGUCUGCUCAACCUUAGGAUAGUCACAGAAGGCACAGAGACAUAUGAGGUCAUGGAAGACUGCAUUAGGAUUGUCAGGUCUCGACAUAGACAACGCACGAAUCAGUAG